UGACUCGUUUCGUUGGUUGAUUGUUGAAUUUUUUUCAAUUGUAGAGAUAUCUGAAUUAUGUACUGUUUACGUUUUUUUUUACAUUUUUUUACAAUUCUCAGUUGUUAUUUUUUUUCCAAUUAGAGAGAUAUGUGAAUUAUCGCCGGGCUGAAGUAUUAUUUUGUUAUAUUUAUUGUAUAUAAUGCUACGUUGGGGCGAAUAUCCAUCACAUUAUCCGACUCAUUGUUUGGAGAAGAGUUCGUAUGGUCGCACAUAAUUAGUCAAUUAUUAAAGUUAGUUAAAUUACAUUUAAUAUUUAAUUACUUUAAUUCAUAUAUUUAAGUUACCUCUUGAGCGAAAUUCUAUCCGUCAAAUUCACGCUCUCCUUCUUCAGCCAGUGUACCACCCUUUUCUCCUUGUUCAAAGAAAGAAUUAUUCAGCCAUGGAAUUAGUCAGGCCUAAAUAUAAACCAAUCCUUCUCAUCAUAGGGCUCAUAUGGAUCUUCAAGAUGGUGGAGAAGACACUUCUUAACAUCUCAAUCACGCGCCUCACCAGCACUGGGGUGGAGUAUGACCUCCGAAAUGUUGUGGUAGUUGUGAGCCUACACCAAGCAAUAAGAGAUAUUUCGACUGUAGUGUUCACUUAUACAGUCGGCGUUUGCACGCACCGCUUGGGCCGCUACUUGAUGGUCGUUUUCCCCACUACAGCUUUCACCAUCGGUCUGGUACUCAGCUUUCUUGUGCCUGGAAGCAUGGGUUUGUGGUUCUUUUUCCCUGCUAUGGUUGUAAUGGCUUUAGCGCAAGCUGCACUGACGGUCACUCUGAAAGCAUUUCUUGAUGAUCAGUUUAGGCCGAAGUAUGAUGACGAUGAGAGGAAACUUCACACUGAAUCCUUGUGGACUUGUGUCUCCUUCUUGGCUGCAGUGUUUGCUCUGUUUGAGCCUUCAAUGGGACUUCACUUGAAGAAACUCGAACUGUUAUUAUUCAUUUUGAUGGGGUUUAUCUUCUUAUUGUUCUUGCUGGGUUUCAACUGCUACUAUGAUGAUGAGGGGAGGAGCUUCAACUUCAAACUGCCUGCCACUUCAGCUACAACAGUAAAGUAUCCAGUGAAUCUUAAGUUGCUUUGGGUUUCUUUGCCCAUUUUAAGUUUAGUUUCUGCUUCUGGAAGCACCUUCUUCUUAUUAGAAGCCAACACACUCGUUCGCGGCAAUCUAACUUACAUUCUUAUGCUUGACAAUGUGACGAGAUUUAUGGAGUUUGUUGUCCGAGAAGCAUCCAAACGUGUAGUCAAAAAACUCAAAGAUCGUCAGAAACACCCACACAACCUACAGAAGAUGGAGAUGGUGAGAAUCGCAUUUGCAGUGUGUUGUUGCCCGUUGUGCUGCAACAUUGCUGUGAUGACUGCGACACACAGGAAGUACGAGACAGCUGGCACAAUGAGCGUGUUUUGGCUAACUCCACAGUUCUUUUUACUGGGACUGAUGGCAGGACUCGCCAAAGAUGGGUUUCGGUCGUUAUAUGAAUCUCAGGUUGAACCCCAUCAAUUAAAGAAAUACGGGUCGGCUUUGGGAGACCUUGGAAGCGGAGUUGGUAGUUUACUGAACAUACUUUGCAUUGUCAUCUUUGGUUGGCAUUUCAACUGGUUCCAGAAUAAUAUAGCUGACAGUAGCCUCAACAUGUAUUAUAUUUUACUGUCAAAUUUGAGUGUUACUCACGUAAUAAUAUACCUUCCGGCUGUGUUACGGUACAUAGGCCCGUCGUUGUUCUUAUUGAGUGAUGAAAAACUGGAGGUUAAAUUGCUCAUGCUCAAAGAACAGGGUGAAAACUCGUGCCAGCUCGGGACAGAGAAGGUGCUAGAGUGUUGAUAAACUUGCACUUUUCUACAUUGUCAGUUUGGUACAUUCAUCACUUGGCAGUAAAGUGUUUACAGAAAGCUUACCUAAAGGAUCUCCUUUUGGAUUGCUAAUGUUGUAGUAUAUGUUGUUUUGUAGUAGUUCCAUUUAUUUGUUAACAGAAAGCUAGCCUGAAAA